CCAGCCCCAGGCCUUCUCAGCCUCGUUAUUUUCUUCCAAACAUUCAAAGAUCGCGACGUGCGCUCAGCUACAACCACUCCGAGUAGCUCAUUUAGCUCGCAUUCUCACCUCAUCAGCUUCGCGAAACUGUGCAAACGUAUUCGCUAACGAAGCUCAGCAUUGUCCUCUUGCUAUGCCUAAGGUCAAGAGCUAUUCGGCAGCUUGGCUGUCCAGCAACGCUCUCGGCCAUCGUCUUUUUGAGCCAUCAUCUGAGGCGUCCAAGUCUCGUAGUUUGGAUUCAGCAUAUUCUUCCAAGAAGAAAACCAUUUCUGGUCCGCGACGAACCAUUGCUCAUCGAGGGACUGAAGUAUUUGUUGCUGUUGGUCGCGAAAUUCGCUGGAGUGAUCUUGCAUACUUGAAGGAUGAAUGGACAAAUCGUUAUUCAAAAAGAGGAUCAUCGCAGGGCAUUCGCAUCAAGCGUGAGGACUCUACACAGUCGUUCGAUGACGAGAGCCUAGAGAACGCUGCUGGAUUAAGGAUAAUCAAGACUCCCGUUGCCGACGACAUUCGACAGCUGAUUAUCUCCCCGAACUCGAACUUUUUGGCCAUUCUGACCACACAUACUGUCCAUAUCUGCGUGCUCCCUGACCCCUCACACCUUACUAGUGAAGAUGCUGGCCCUCUUAAACCAAAGAUCUUCACGCUUGGUCCGACCACUCACGUUACCUCUCGAUCUCCUAUCGUCUCGGCCCUCUGGCACCCUUUGGGUGUCAGUGGCUCUUGUAUCGUUACGACUACCGCGGAUGCUAUCGUACGUGUAUGGGAAUUGUCCACUACUGAUCGAUGGUCCUUCGACUCUCCCACGACGUCUGUCGACCUGAAGAAACUGGUGGACGGUACCACUCUGGAUCAAGACUUUUCUGCCUCAACAGCAGCAACCAAUACGGCAUUCUCACCCGAUUCCUUCGAAAUGGAGGUGUCUGCUGCUAGUUUCUCUACUAAAGGGGCUGGCGGUUGGAACCCCAUGACUUUGUGGGUAGCAAUGCGAGAAGGAGAUGUAUACGCCUUGUGUCCUUUGCUGCCUCAGAAAUGGGCACCUCCCCCAACAUUGAUCCCUUCUCUGUCAGUAUCGAUCGUCACUACUGUUGCAAGCAUCGAGGAUGAUCCGGAUGUCGGAGAGCAGGAAAAGUUACUUGCCCAACAGCAAUUAGAAUGGAUGGGAGAGCUAGAUUCCCAAGAGCCAACAAUCAUGGAGGGGCCGAUUGGUGAGCCUAUGAUGGAGAUUUACACGCGACCAACCCGACCGGGAAUCAUUCCUCGCCUGCAAGGCCCUUUUGAGCUUCAGUCAGAUCCUGAUACAGGUGAUGAGCUGGAUACAUCGGUCACUGAUAUGCUCGUCAUCGGCAAGAAGACGGAGACGGAGCAGCUUAUGAUGGGCGAAGAAGAAGAUUUGGAUAUGGAUGACGGGGACCAAGAGGGCCUUUCUCUGACCGUGCUCUGCCUGUUGUCAACGAGCGGCCAAGUUCGCGUAUAUCUUGAUCUCGAGGGUGUGCAGGCUCAAUGGUUGCCACCCAAGAACAAGAAUAAACUUGGCCGACUGCUUGCCGAAGUUGAAACUCCGUCUCUACUUUCCUUCCAGGCCAUUGAUACCAUGACACCCGUGGAAGUGAAUGAGGAUAGUUGGCCCGUUUUCAGCAACGACGUCACGUCUCGCUACAACUUCUUUGUCACACACCAUGCCGCUAUCACAUUUAUAUCACUUACGUCCUGGAUCUUCCGUCUAGAGAGUGAGUUGAAUGGAGAUUCCGAAGCAGGAACUGACUUUAGAAUUGGCCUGCUUGUCAACUCUCAAUCUACAAGGGACCGCAUAUACUCACAACCCACUGCCGAUAUUGCGGUACCCUUAGCUGCAUGCAAUGUACUGCGAGACCCUGACGUCGGCUACUUUCUCCUCUCAGCGACCCCCUACGAGCCCAUCGCCCUGACCUUCGACACACCAGAAGUCGACCUUGCUCCAAUUCGUCAAGAAAGCCCCAGCUAUGAACGGGAAGCUAGUAUGGCGCCCCUGGACUUCUAUGAGCCUCGCCCCGUGUUCAACCCGUCUCAUACAUUUGACGAGGGCUCUGCUCUGCCUACACUGCUCGAGAGGCUCCGCACAUCUCGUCACAAGACCGUUGUCAACCAGGAAGUAAGAUUAAGCCCGCUUACGUUGCAAAUCUUUACCGAUGCGCAUAAGGUCUUGGCAGAUGAGACGCAUCGCCUUGGAAUGGCUGCGGCUGAGGUAUUCCGGCGAUGCGAACUUCUCCAGAGUGAGCUUAAGCAACAAAUCAUGAAGGCGAAUGAGGUAAAGGGUAAGAUCGACACAAUCAACGGGUCGCAUCGCGAUGGAGAGGCAGAUAAUGCCAUGUACGAUCGGCGAGUUACUGCAGCAAGGGAACGCCAGGAGCGGCUGACUGAGCGCCUUGAAAACCUACGCAAGAUCGUAGGUAAGGCGACCACGCGUGACUUGAGUGCCAAGGAACGUGCCUUUGUGGAGGAAGUGAAGUCGAUGGAAGCCAGCAUCUCGGCUCCGGAUUACGCGGACCUGGCAUCAGGCAAAUCCAAGGCGACACCGGCACAGGCUAAGCAGCUGUGGAAACGUCUGGAAGACAUUAAGCACCUGCAGGCUGAUCUUACUGCCGAAGUGGAGGCUAUGAACAAGGCGACAGGGGAGACGGAUGGGCCCGCUACACCUUCGGCCGAGUUGCGGAUCCCGCAAGAGGUUCGCCGGGCGAAGUUGCAGCAGGUCCAAGGACUUUUAUCAAGAGAAACAGCUUUGGUGGAUGCUGUCACUGCACGACUGGAACGGCUGCAAGCCAGUGUCUGAAACUGAUAUAUAUGUACGAUACCUACGACUCUGCAGAGGAUAAUAAGAAGUGCUUCCGUUGGAUUUUCUAUCCAUGCUCUCUCAUUCCUUGACAAAAACUUUCCCAGGACAAGCAUUCUUCGCAAUGCGAGGCGAGUGAAGUAGUCAAACCUAAGACUGUGUCUCAUGGACAUCCAUGUUUACACAUUGAGCCAGCCGAGAGGGGCAAAUCGAAGUUGAGGCAGAGAUCGUCAUAGCAACGAUACACGACUCUCUCUUUGUCAAGCAGAUAUCCUGGAUACCGAGACAACUCGACCAAAAGCAAAAGAUGAUUGACCAAGGAAACAAGGUCUUUGGCAUCCCUAUCUAUAACUCCGCCGCAACACAAUUGGGCUGACAAGCCCCCCCUUUUUUUUAAUCAUCAGCGAAAUAUAUUGCUUUGUUGAGCAGUUGAGUUAAGACAGGCUCGUGUCGUACAUUGUGGACCAAUCAUUUUACAAGGCGAAUCGCAUCCAUGAAUCAAUCAAUUGACUCACUGAGCUUUUUUAUGGCUACACGAUGAUUGAUUGUUUGGUUUCUUGAGCAUUUGCUAAUUGUUUUUAUUCCAGUUUGUGUAUGAUUGACUAAAACAGAGAGAACAAAGCUUGGAAACCAAGAAAGAAUGUAUUCGCGUUUGGUAUUGUGGUUGUGUGACAAACUGAAGGACACACACAACAAGGCAGAAGGUUGAGUGAGCACGGCUGGGUGCUUACCACACACGAGCAAUACAGGGAGAUCCUUGAGUAUCUACUGGUCCAAAUGGAUUGCCUUGAAUGCAGCCUGCAGCCUUUCAAAAUGCAUAGUGUCCGUUCCUGGUAUCAGCCAUUGGCCUUCAGCCCAUGGAACAAUGCCUAUUUUGGUUUCUCUACGGAUAGCCACGAUAGUCCACGACAUGUCUUCUCAUGAGGUUCUACUAAGACGCUUCGUGGUAUCACGAUUACGAAUUGUCUGCUGUUGGGCUCUACCAGACUUACACGGCAUGAAUCACGAGAAAUGGCCUCGGUAACGGGAAUCAGAGCCAGAGCAUCGUGGCCUUUGCACGACGUUUGCUUUGCAAGCCAUUGUGCCAAGUAUCUCCUAUAUUGCUCGGCUAUACAUACCUCCCAAACUGGGACAGACAUGACUGGCCGCCUUAUCUCAUACGCGGGCGUCAUCUAUCGGUUUGUUAGACACACAUUCCCUGCAUGCUUUGUUUGGGUGCGAGGUAUUGUACACACCUAGCUGUAUUUGACACUGGACGUACCAUGCCACACACCGCGACACCACUACCACUGUUCCAACAUAAAGGUAUUGCACUUCCACUCCCACUCCCACUCCCACUCCCACUCCCACUUCCACUUCCAAUCUUACAAACUUCAACUCCAACACGCCAUAGCCUCUGUUCAGCACAUUGAGCAGUCCCUUACCAAUCCCUUUCUCCAUCAAUGACCUUGUUGCGUCGAGCCUGUCAGGAUCCAGCACAUUCACCUCAGUCAGAUAUGGCACCUCAUAUGGAUCCCAAGGGUUUCAUUCUGCAGAACUGCCGUGUGUCGGCCG